AUGUCUUUCCAACUCACUCCCAAAGAGGCAUUCGCCAAACUCCCCCAGAAGUUGCACAACUUUUUCAUCAAAUACCCACCACGACCAUUUGCACAGUACAAGGAUGGCCCAUCAACCACCACAGACCCGUUGAGAAACCCAUUUUUCCCAAACAAAAACCAAGAGUCCGGCAACUGGCAAAGCGCAAAGUUCUCCCGCAGAAGGUCUGCAGACUUGUUCAAGCUAGCUAAGAAGUUUGGUAUCCACGACUUGUUGCCGCCUACGCCAAGAAAGUUCCAUGAAGACAAGUACACCAACAAACUGUGGUUACACGGAAUGAUCAACCCUGCCAGCAAAGCCAAACAAGAAGAGUUGGACGCCAAAUUAAAGGCCAGGGCCGAAGCCAUCGCUAAUAUGGAUAACAUCAUUGUCGCCACAAGACCAAGCUACAAGAAGUUAUUGGAAAAGAGAGAAAAACGUAAAAAGACAUGGUUCUAA